ACUCAACAACAUUUAAAAACUAAAAGAGAGAAACUAAAAUCAAAGAGUGACCAUGACAAGAAAGAAAGUAAAACUUGCAUGGAUUGAGAAUGAUAAGUCAAGAACAACAAGUUUUCAAAAAAUGAGGGUAGGAUUACUUAAAAAGGUAAAAGAGCUAACCAUAUUGUGUGCUGUAAGAGCUCUUAUAAUCAUUUUCAACCCUAAUAAGGUUCAUCCGACGGUGUGGCCAUCUGUUGAAGCGACUCAUGACCUCCUAUGCGAAUUUUUUGCUUCACCGAGGUUCCUGCAGAUGAAAAAAGAGACAAAUGUCGAAUCCUACAUAAAGGAGAAGACACAGAAGAUUCAAGAACAAUUGAUGAAGAGUAAUAAGAAGAACAAGGAGUAUGUCAUUAAUGAGCUGAUGAUGCAACUACAAAGCGGUCGUAGAAUUGCUGAUCUUAACUUAAGUGAGAUGUAUGCCUUGUUAUCUUUCUCAAGGGAUACUAUCCUACUUUGUAGGAAGAAAUUAGAUUUCAUGCAGUUUACUCCUCUUCGCGAUCCACCAAUGUUUCCAUUUGAAACACAAGUCGAAGAGUUUAAGACCAUCACAAAUGAUAUUUUUGUAGGAGGCGGUCAAGAUAAUGAGAGAGCUGGAAAGACAUAUGAAGCAACAAGAAGAACCAACGUUGAUAUGUUCAAGGAGAGUAAAACUUAUUACUUAUUAGAUAAAUGGGUUUUUCCACCCAGCCCGCCUAAACCUGAUAUAUAUCAACAAAUAGGGAACGAAAAUCCAAACCUUGGAAGCUAUUGUCUGUAUCAAGGAAGCAAUAGCAAUGGAAACCCUCAUUUGGAAAUGGAUCUACUUCGUCUCCAAAUGAUGACUUCACAUGGUUUCGUUAUACCAGUCUCUCAACCUUUACAACAUCAUAACAUGAUCGAUAAUCCAGUAAUGGCUAUGAAUCAACCAAAGCAAAAUUCUUUUGAUUUCAUGAGUCAUGAGCUGGAGAUAAACGAGGAGGGAAGCAACAUUAACAACUCGCAAUUUUACAAGAGCAACAAUACUACAACAACUAAUGAUGGUUUUCGCCAAGAACCAUGUCUUAAUGGAACAACUGCUCGAGAAAAUAAUGCUGAUGCGACGGCAUUCAAUAUCAACAUGGGUUGGCCUGAUUUUGACAAUCAUCAUUUCUAAACUUUUGAUUCGGUUCAUGUUCUAAGUUUGGUAUGCAUUUAUCUUUAAAAUCUUUUUUUUUUUGUUAUUUUAAAAUGGUGUUUGUGUGGAUUUUAUUAUUUUCUUUUUAAAGUGUUUUCGUUUGUUUCUUUAUUUGGAAUAAUAAAUCUUUUUAUUUUGU